AUGACAUCCGAAUUCGAAGCGAAGCAUCAAGAUAUGAGUGAUGCUAGCGGCUUUACCACUGAGCUAACAAAUACUGAAGAGCUUCCUAUUCCACCGGAUACUGUCGAUCACUACGCUGAAACAGAUGUCAAAUGGCGUAAACAAGACGAUGAGCCUCUUUUAUAUAGAGAUAAGUAUAUUGCUGUUACGACUACUUACUUAUAUAUUUUUAAUUACUACAUGCCGGAUGGGAAAGAUAAGGCAGUUGAUUUGACGAGUAUAAAAAAUAUUCAAACUGAUAAAGAGGCAAAUGUUUCCGGCUGGGCAUUUCAAAAAUGGGGCGCUGGAUCAAUAGAUCUUUGGUGGGCAAAAGAUUUUGGAAGAUGGCAGGGCCAUGAUUUGUGUGUGAUUGUUACUGUUGAUCGUGGUAUGAUCAAACGAAAAGGAUUUACUAUGGAAAAUAUUAAAGGCUUGCAUAUUCUCAAAGAAGCUUGGAAAAAAGCGAAUGGGCUACCCUACGAAGAUGAUGGAUAA